AAGAUAUGUGGUAGAUCAUGUGGCAGAUGCUAUUGAAUACCGACACUACGACAGACUUCUUGACGUUCUUGGUAGCCAAAUAUAAAGAUGGCAAGCACUUCUGGAGAGGCUUUUAUGAAAGAAGAGGACAAAUCUUCAUCUUGCAGCAAUCCCAAGAAACAUGUAUUAAUUGGCUGCACAGGGAGCGUAGCUGCUAUCAAAAUUCCUCUUCUUAUUCAGGAAAUUUUGAAGAUAGGACAAGUUGAGGUAAAAGUUGUGGUGACGGAGCACGCCCUCAAGUUCUUUGAUAUGGCAGUAUUACCACCAGAUGUUCAGCUUUACAGGGAUCAAGAUGAAUGGGAGGUAUGGAAGGCCAUCUCCGAUCCAGUCCUACAUAUUGAGUUAAGACGUUGGGCCGAUGUGAUGGUCAUUGCUCCCCUGGAUGCCAAUACCCUAGGCAAGAUAGCCAGUGGAAUUUGUGAUAACCUCUUGACAUGUGUUGUAAGGGCAUGGGACAUGAAGCGCCCUCUCUUGUUCUGCCCAUCAAUGAACACUCACAUGUGGGAUCAUCCAAUCACCCAGCGUCAGGUGUCGGAGCUGAUUUCCUUGGGUUAUUCUGAGAUCCCAUGCGUAGAGAAACUACUGGCUUGUGGAGACAGAGGUUUCGGAGCCAUGGCAGAGGUUACGACGAUUGUGGACAGAGUGAAGGAUAUCAUUAACAGAUGAACUGACAGAGGUCGAAGGUCAGCUACUUGGUCCUGCCCAGCCAAGAGUGAAGGAUAUCCUCAACAGGUAAACUGAUGGAGAUCAAAGGUCAGCUACUUCUUCCUGCCCAUCCAGGAGUGAAGGCAGUCUGCAGGAGAUGAAAGUGAGAUGAUGUUCACUGCAUGGUGAUAUGCAGGAAGAGCUCAAACAAUGGUGAUUAAAGAAGUCAAUGAAGAAGUUUGCAGAUACACUAAGAAGAUUGGCUAGUGCUGAAGAGUACAGUUUUGUUAUUGUUUGGUGGUAUUCUAAAGAGAACUGUUUGCUCUCGACAUUUUAAACACUAUGUUCUGUUCUUUGACUUUAAGGGAAGCCAUUAUAAUUGGAUCUGUGUAUUAAGUGUACACAAAUAGUCCUCAAUGGUCAUUCUUAUUUCUGGCAAUCAGUUAAUCUUAAAAUUGAAAAAUAACACCUGUCAUGCAACUGGCACUCAAAAAUCUCACACAAGCUAUAUUUCCGCACGGUGCUUGAUUUCACUGUGGAGUUAAGGUUUGAUGAGUCUUAGGCUUAUUAAUGUCUAGUGUCUUAAAAAUUAACUCUAGAAAAUCGGGGCCAAAGGUCCACUCACAUUCAGUAAGCUCAGAAAAUCUUUAGAAGUGUGCGGUCGAUGAGGCUCCCAUUUACCGACUCUGUUUUGUCACUUGAAUUUUCUUUUGCUGCUAUGUGGUCAGAUUCUUUCUCAUGUUUCAUGACCAAGAAUAUACUUUCUAACUAAAGGCAAUAUUAGCAAUAUCACAUUUUUCUUGAAAUAGACCAAUAAUGAUUUAUCACUGAAGUACAAACAAAACAAAAACAGACUUUAUCAAAGCUAAACCUAAACUACUCGAACUGCUUAGGUUACGAUGAAGUAUUAGAGAUCACAGCAUCAUACGUAGACAUAAAGGAAACAAGGAAUUUGAGAAAGAGUAUUUAUAUACUCACUAAACAUAAUACUACCUACAGAGAAGAAAGGAGACAUAAAUAGAAAAGCAAAAUCCAAACAAGAUUAAAUUGUAAUUUCAUAGUACUGAUCUCAAAGAUUUGAGCUUCCAUUUAAAAACACUUACAGCCUGCUGGACCUUUGGGUUUAUCGAGUUCUAAAAUCUUGGCCCUGUGCACAUAAGAGAAACACGAGCCAACUUCCUCCUAACUUUAAGAAAUGCAAAGCUGUUGAAUGGACCUAAUUGUUUUAAACAUGUUACACAGUAACCUCUUUGCCAUCACAUUCGGAGAAGCUAUGCCCAGUAACUCUAGCGCAUUGGACAUGCAUAUCUGCAAUUACACGAUGAUUUUUUAGUUUUUCUAGUUUGUUAUGUAUACACUGAUCAACCUUUGUCUCCAAAUUACUUGUGUUCUUCUCUUCAUGGUCCUAAUUUCAUUGUCACUCUCGACCAUAGGGGCGACAAGGGCUCAUAAUUGCUCUUGGAGAUAUAGUUUCAUCUCUUCCAGUUCUGUCCGAAAAUCUGUUGUGUCUCAUGGUCAAUCCAUUCUGUUGUUUU